GAAGGUCGAGGUCGACUGUUGCACGUCAAGCAGUCGACCUUUGCAUCAUCAAGAUGGCGCUGAAAGGUUUAUCGCCAUGCGGGACAUAUUUCCCUUUCGCGGACGCAUUGCUUCUGCCGGCGCUUCAACGGCAGCGCCAGUUGCGCGCUUGGCGUCCUCGUAAGGGUUUCGUGGUUUAUGUUGUUCUCCGAGUUCCGCGGCGUUGGUUGUAACCGAAGCACGCAACGCAACGCGUCUCACUAUUCCUGCAGGAUAGAUGCAAAGUCGUUGGUAAUCUGGCGGCGGUUUUUAUGAUCUCGUAACCGGUCGUACGCGUGUGUGCGAACGUGAGUGAGAGAAAACGAUAAAGCGUCCAUUGGCGCAUCUGCAAAGGGGAGUAGAGAAUGAGCCUGGUGGAUCAGGACAAAAGCAUGGACAAGAAAGAGAUCGAGAAGGAGGAAAGGGAGAAGAUGCUGAAUGCCGAGAACACGAAGCACAUCGGCGCCGCACCUGUGCCCGAUCUCGAAUCCGAGGAACAGAAACCGAAGAAGAAGAUACCGAUCGGUGGCAUCAAAAUGCCCGGAUUCUGCCGUACGAAGAGCAAGGAGCCGUGCAAGGUAACGCUGCAAUAUUUUAUCUGUGCCGUACUUUCCGCGCGGUGUCUCAAAUUCUACCUGGAUGAGACAAGUCGUAGCAUUUUACGGCAUUUACGACAUUCCGACGUUAACUCUCUGUAUUAGAUGCGCUCACCCCUCGUUUUACCUUCGCACUUUCUACACCGUUAGUUUUGUAUUUUUCUCACGUAGGAUCGUGCCCGGCAUAAGCUUCGUUUUAAGUACAGCAGGUGUAGAAAACGCGGCAUUAAUAGACUUAUUGUUUAGUAUCACCUGCUCUUACGUCAUCGGCGCUCGCCCGCAUAAUUGUGGCUUCUAUCGCGUUUCAAAUCUGCGAGACGAUCGCGAAAAGGUCACAAGAAUGCUAAAUAGUGAUGCAUUUAAAUAACGCGACGGUGAAUUGACUGUCCGAAUUUGAAGUCUUUGAAAAAAUGUACUCAAAUGGAUUCUCACGAGGAGGAAACCGUUGACCAAAAUCUUGUACGCCAAUGC